UGACCAAAGACCCAUUAAACUUUUUUGUAAAGAUGAAGAGAGAGAGAGAGAGAGAGAGAGAGAGAGAUGAGAAAAAGGGAGUUGUUGUUAAUUGGAUGCUGAUUACCAGAUACGCAUAUGGAUUAAGAGGGGAGUGGUAAAAUCCCAUACAUAAAUGAAAAUCCAAUAUUCUCAUGCCCUUCACAAUUCCCUCUGUUUCUCAUAUUCCUCUCUCCUAAUCAAAUUCAUACCCACAACCCUCUCUUCAAUACUUCCCUCCCUUUCUCCUCUACUUUCAUUUUUCUUUCUUAUUCUGGAUCAUCAUCAACUAGAUCUCAUUUUCUCACCUUUCCUUUUCUUUUCCCAUCCUACCUGAGUUUGAUUUAGCUUUAAGAUUUUGAAACAGAGCGCUUCAAUUGCUGCGGGUUUCUUGUUUAAUGAACAAAGUUUAAAGAGUCGGUGUUGUUUGUGUUUUUAGUUUUUAGUUUUGAGUUUCCUUUACGGUUUAGUUUAAAAAGCAGAGGAACCCAUUUUACACAACAUUGACAGCCAAUACUCGCCGGACCAAUAAACAGAGAGAGUAAGAACAAGAGAAAAGGAAAAAGAAAAAAAAAGAAAAGAGAGAAGCAGAUUCUAAAUUUCCCGUGAAAUUUGGUGUUUUGAAAAUCCUAAUAUUAGAAAAUCUUUGACACGUUUUUUGGGUUGAUCCUAUUUUUUCCUCAAUCGGAAAAAAGUUUAAAAGGAAAAAGAAACAAGGUCCGAUAAUCUCUCCUUCUCUUCCAUUUUUGUCUCUCUACUCUUUCUCGGUGCUCUGUUUUUUUUUUUUUUUCUUUUGCUGUGGUUUCUCCUCCGGGAAUCCUCUCUGAUUUUCAGGGUUAGGGGGAAGACUCUGAAAGUUUUCGUCUCUCUCCCUCUCCUCCGAAAUUAUGAUUCUUGACAAAGUGUCAAUGCAAUCCAAUUUGGGUUGUUUUCUUCAUUGCACAACGCCAGUUGUCAACUCCCAAUUCUUGCCCAAGAGCGAGAUUAGGAAUCUUAAUCGUUUAUGGCAUCCAUGGGAGAGAGAGAAGGUUGAAUAUUUCACCCUUGGCGAUCUCUGGAAUUGUUACGACGAAUGGAGCGCUUACGGUGCCGGUGUUCCAAUCGCCGUCAACAACGGCGAGACCCUUGUUCAAUAUUAUGUUCCUUAUCUCUCUGCAAUCCAAAUCUUCACAAGCAAUUCCACCGUCAAUGGUUUCAGGGAUGAAUGCGGUGACAGUGAAACAAGGGAUUCAUUCAGUGAUUCAUGUAGCGAUGAGAGUGAAAGUGAAAAAUUAUGGAGAUGGGACGGAAGUUCAUCGGAAGAAGGAGGAUUCUUAGAACAAGAAAGCCCUCUGCACCUCAGCGACAGAUUGGGGUACCUUUACUUUCAAUAUUUCGAGAGAUCAACUCCAUAUGGAAGAGUUCCAUUAAUGGAUAAGAUCAAUGGAUUAGCUCGAAGAUACCCUGGGUUGAUGACAUUGAGAAGCGUUGAUCUUUCUCCAGCUAGUUGGAUGGCUGUUUCGUGGUACCCAAUAUACCACAUUCCAAUGGGGAGAACAAUAAAGGAUUUAUCAACAUGCUUCUUGAGUUACCAUACACUAUCAUCAUCAUUUCAAGAUAUGGAUGUGGAGGAUGAAUUUGAAAGUGGAGAAAAGAAGAGAAAAGAAGGGGAAGGGAUAUCGCUGGCAGCAUUUGGUUUAGCCACAUACAAGAUGCAAGGAAACGUGUGGAUUUCUGGUAAUUAUGGGAGGGACCAAGAAAGAUUGAUGUCUCUAUUGAGCGUGGCUGAUUCUUGGCUAAAGCAACUCAGGGUCCAACACCACGAUUUCAACUACUUUACUGCCAUUCGUCGUGGCUAACCACAGCCCCCCCACUCAACAACACCCAUUUCUACAUGGAUUCAUUCACCUGAUCUUCUUCAUCUUCUUCUUCUUCUUCUUCAAAGAAAAAAAAAAAGAAAAAGAAAAAACAAACAAAAACAAAACAAAACAAAAAAACCCGGGAAAAUUCUUCUUUUCCUUUUUCUUCUUCUGUGGUUUCUUUUUAGAGUGUGACCAUCGAUUUUAACUUCAUCUCAGCCACAUCCAUGCCUGAGUUUUUCUUGUUGUAUCACUUUUUUCUUCUUUCCUUUUAUUUUUAUUAGUGGUGGGGGUGGUUGUGCAUACUAAACUACUAACUGAUUUACUACUCAUCCAGGCUUUGUUGAAACCAUAGGGAAAACAAACAACACAAAUCUUUGAGAUCAGAGAGUUUGAGAGAGAGGGAGAGAGACUAGAGGCAGAGAGGCAGAGAGAGACUCUUGAAUUGUCACUAAUUUGAAUCAUCAAUUGUGUUAUGUUUCUCUCCAUUGUGAUACAUUUUCCAUUUCACAACAAAUAAAAAAGAAAAGAAAAAAAAAACUCUUUUUGAGAA